AUGGCGGAAACAGGGGGCAUCCCCCUGUUGGGCUUCGUCUUCCUGCUGCCCCUGUCCAUCCCAUGGGCGCGGAUCUCGGUGGGCUGGCUGGCCGUGGUGCACUACCUGGCCUGCGUGGUGCCCCAGCUGGGCAGUGUGGUCUACCACCUCUUCAUGAACCACGAGGGGGGCCCGGCCGUCUACCACACCCUGCUGACCCUCGACAUGUGCGGGGUCUGCAUGGUCAACACGCUGGGUGCCCUUCCCAUCAUCUACUGCACCCUUGCCUGCUCCCCACUUCCCCGCAGCGCCGCCCUGCUGGCCUACACGGCGCUGUCCAGCUACGCCAUCAUCUGCGCGGUGACGGCCCACUCCAACGUGCGGCGCCUGCGCUCCUUCGCCUGGCAGGCCCUCUUCCGCUUCUUCUUCUUCUACCUGCGCUGGGUGGGCCUGGGCACGGGCCACCCCUCCUCGCUGCGCUCGUACCUCAUCAUGGAUGGCCUGGCCCUGCUGGGGGGCAUCAUCAACGUCUCCCGCAUGCCUGAGCGCUGGCAACCCGGCCGCUUCGACUACUGGUUCAACAGCCACCAGAUCAUGCACGUGCUGGUGGUGGUCAGCAUCCUCUACCUCCACUGGGGGGUGGUGGCCGACUUGCUGUGGGUCACCAGUUAUGCCUGCCCCCAGGACUGACCGGGCCCGCCAGCCAGUGGGGAAUGGUGUGGUCUUGUGGCUGCAUCCCUCCAGGUCACCACACGAUGGAUUCCCGUUGGCCAAGGGGUCUUCUGGAUCCACUCCCGUUUGCUGAGGGGUCUUCUGGGUGGCCGGUGGUGGAUUCUCAUUGGCCAAGAUGUCUUCUUGAUCCACUCCUGUUGGCCAACAAUGGAUUCCCAUUGGCCAAGGCAUCCUCUAGAUCCACUCCUGUUGGCCAACAAUGGAUUCCCAUUGGCCAAGGCACCGUCUCCAGUCCUUUUGGCCAAGGGGUCUUCUGGAUGGCCAGUGAUGGAUUUCUGGUGGUUUUGGUGACUUCUGGAUCAACUCCCAUUGGCUAAGGGGUCUUCUGGCUCAGCAGAUCAGGGCUCCCACUGGCUGAGAAUCAUUGUGGAUCACCAGGGUUGGAUUUCCAUGGUUGAGGGCUCUUCUCUGUUGCCAGCAAUGCACUUCCAUUGGCUAGACUCUGGAUAGACUCUCUUUGGCUGAUGAGGGUGCUUCUGGGUCACUAGCCACAGACUCCCUUUAACGAAGCUCCAGCCAGAUGCCCGCUGUCCGUGGGUCAUUCUGGACCACCAGGGAUGGAUUUCUAUUGGCUGCGGUCCUUUGGAUCCUUCUGGAUCACCAGCAGUGCUCGCCCAUAGGGACUGGGGGCAGGGUGGGGGGCUGCGAGGGGGCACUAUUUUGAGGAGCUAGGGGGUGGCGCAGCCCCUCUCCCCCUUUUAUCCAGGUAUCCUACAGACUUUGAGACACCAUGCAAUACUUUCUACUUUUUAAAGGGCUGACGAGGUGCCUGGAUGCUGGGGUCUGCACUGACUAGGGGCUCGGGGGAGGCAGCCCAGGAGAAGCUGUGUGCAUUGGGGGAGGUGGGGGGAAGGAGGCAGUGGAAUCUAAGAGCUACAGCGGGACUCCUGGGUUCUCUCCUCAGUUGUUGCCAUCAUCCUUGGGCCAAGCGGCUUCAGCUGCUUGUGCCUCAGUUUCCUGUUGCUCCCUGCUCUGGGGGUAGGGGGGGGGUGUUUCCUGUUACUGAGCCCUGGUCUGCACUCUCCCCCUGCCGAGGGAGGAACAGGUAUUCCCCUUUCUGCAGCAGUCACGGCUCCUGGUGCAGUAACAGCCAGCAGGGGACUGUGUCCCCAUCAGCCUGUUUUUAUACUACACGUCCCAUCUGCUGCUAACCCCAUGGUGCUCACCGGGAGCCCCGGGCGUUGAGUGCCAGGGCUCUCCUUCCACCCUCUGCUGGCAUUGGGGGUGUACCUACUGUUCCCCUUCCCCUUAUGUAACUUAGGGCCACUAAACACAGAGGCAGCUCUGGAUCAUUGUUUUCCAAUCCCUGUUCAUUGGGCCCUGGAUAGCUAAUCUGGAUCCUGAGCAGGGAGGUGUGUGUGUGUGAAUGGAGCUAAACUGGAUUCAGAAGCCACAGGUGUGGGAGCAGCUGAACUGGUUCUCAAUCUGGAUUCCAGUUGGCCACAUGCAUACAUAGUUAAACUCGUUCUCAGUCUGGAUUCCUGUCCAGAGACCAGGUGUGAAUGUAGCUAAAAUUGUUCUUAAUCUGGAUUCCAAUUGCCCAAGUGUGAAUGAAGCUACCCUGGUUCUCAAUUUGGAUUCCAAUUGGCCAUGUGUAAUGUAGCUAAACUCAUUCUCAGUCCUGAUUCCUAUCAUGAGGCUGCAUGUGUGAAUAUAGCUAAAUGGUUUCUCAAUCAGGAUUCCACGUGGGAGGCCAUGUGUCAAUAUAGCCAAAUUAGAUUUUUAAUCCAGAUUCUAAUCUGGUUUUACCAGGCAACGUAUAUGGGGGUCAAGCUGGUUCUUAAGGUGGAAGCCAACUUACAUAAGCAGUUCUUAAAUUCCAUCUUGUUCUCUGAUUGUUUUGUUCAGUGUAAAUGGGGCCCUCUCAACCUCAUUCCUGGUGGGCAACCACACUGGUUUAGAAACCAGUUCAGUAUUAGAAACUUGCUUGAAUUGCCAUGUAGACAAACCUUUAAGGAAGCAGUACAAAGGGUAGUAGAGGUAGAGUAGGACCAUGGGUGGACAAAAUGGACAAUUGAGACAGCUGUGCUGUGCCAAGACAAGGAGUCAAGCAUCAAAGGAUAACCAACCACACAGCAUGAUGUGGAUUACAGCAGGGAGAGAUGGGAGCUAGGACUCCUGGGUUCUAUCCCUGCUCAGGGAAGCAAGCAGGUUCUAAUGGUUAGUGUUGGGGGCCUAGGAGUUAGGACUUCUAGGUUCUGUCCCCAGCUCUAGGAAGGGGAUAGGGUCUAAUGGUUUGGGGAGAGGAGAGAUCAGGCCUUCUACCGCAGGUUCUGUGUCCCUGUUGUCCCACCCUGUAACUGAGGCCAAAAGGAAAGCUAAGAAGUGGGUUGCAGGCUGUGAACUGUUCUCCCACAUUGAAAGGAUGGCUGUAUUUCUCUGGCCUCCCUCAGAGGGGUGGUGUUGGGUGGGUUCUGCUCUCCCCACCCCCCCAAAUCCAGUCUUGUCUCCGUUAUCUCAGGGCACAUGAACACAGCUAGUGUUCGCGGCUUCGUGCCGAAGCAACAUAUCUUUUUAAAUUAAAAAUACAAAACUGAAAAGUAAGAGGCUAAAAUCCACAUUCUGCCGGGGUGGGGGGAGCAGGGGGAUGGAGGUUCUUACGGGCCACCGCCUCCCACCAGGGUCCUGUUGGAUGGUAGCUCUAGGCUUCAAUAAAGCAGAGACAGAGCUCA